CUUCUGUUAGCCUUUUUCGCGUCAGAACUAUUGUUCCAUUUAUCUUGCCUCCUUAUUUUGCACAGUCGCGAAGCCCGAGGAUUUGGAGGGCUUGCGCCAUCUUGGUUAGAAGCAGUGCCGGAGGCAUAUAUAUGUAAGGAUCGUCGUCUGCUGUGAUGUGACGAUCGCCAGGCCACUAAUUGUUUCCAAUAAUACUCACUUUCGAGUCCUGUUCACUCUCUUCUACACACUCGUUUAAAACAGAAGAUUAGUUAUUGCAUGAUGUUCUUUUCAAUUCCUCUCAUUGCCGCUUUUGCUGCGACCACACUCGCUGCACCCACGCAGGAUCUUGAACAGCGUACCAUUUUCGGAUGCAACUGGUUUUCGACAUGGGCGGCCAAGUGCAGCACCAAGGGCAACCAGAAAUCCUCGUCCUACUCCAUGGCCCUCCCUUACUACACCACGACGGACCGCAGCCUCGUUGCAGGAGCGCCCUGUGGGAAUCUUUGCCGCCAGGACUGGCAGUGUAACAGCUAUGCUGUUGGUCAGGGUUCUUGCCGACUGUACAGACUCAGUUCCCCUCUUAUCUAUACGGCCAGCAACAGUGGAAGUCUUUCAUUCAGCGAUAAAUGUUGUGUCUUGAACGACCAGCCAGCACCUGUUCCUCAACCUUCUCCUUCCACCACUCCGUCGCCAUCGGCGGUCCCGAUUUCGACUGCGACACCUACACCAUCUGGUUUAGCUCCAUCCAGUUCUUCCUCUCUAUCAAACCCUAUUCUCACACCAUCCCCAACUCCAUCGCCAUCUGAAACCCCAGCACCGAUCGUAACUCCGUCGCCGUCCCCGUCUCCAUCGCCCAGCACAACAGACUCGCCCGUGGUCCCUAGUAGCUCGGCCUCGGACACGCCAGCGCCCCAACCUACUGCCCCAGCAACUUGUGGCACUACAGGCUAUGAUAAACAGACCCCUGCUGCCUUCUUGAACGAUACAUCUGGCAACUCUGGAACAGUCGACACGUGUCGUGCACUCUGCGCAAAGACGGCAACCUGCCAGAGUUUUGCUGUUGGGAACAACCAGUGUUUGUUGUAUGCUGCGCCUGUUGCAGGAAAUCUGAACCCUGCGAACAGCCCUUAUGCAUUUUACGAUUUGAAUGGUUGCUAGGUAGAUAUACUGUUCUAGAGAGCAUGCAAGGUAUUCUAUGGGUCCUGUACUCCAGAUGUUUCUUUUACAUGACGGACUGCUUCUUUCAUGUCUAAAUUUUAUUUUAUAGGUACAUUCAUACUGUUUGAGCGAUAUAAGAAUGUGACAGAUCUAUCCUUACGGCC